AUGAUCCACAACGAAAUAACAGAACAUAAUUCUUCACAUUAUUUAAUAAAUUCAGCUUCAACAACAGUGAUGAUUGAAUCUCAUUCAGAAUUGCUGACUAACAAUGAUAUGGAACUAACCAUGGGACAAAUUAAUGCAGCAAGUAACCAAUUAUCUAAGCAUCCUGUACAAUUUACACAUGAAGAUUUACGUACAUAUCUUGAACCAAUUAUUCACACUCUGAUCUCUGCGGAAGAAUCAUGUGCAUUUCGUCAACCGGUUGAUCCUGUUGCACUUAAUAUACCUGAUUAUCCAAUGAUAAUUAAACAUCCUAUGGAUAUAUCAACCAUGCAUAAUAAAUUAUUACGUGGAGAAUAUAAAAAUCCAUUAGAAUUUUGUGAUGAUGCAUGGCUUAUGUUUAAAAAUGCAUGGCUUUAUAAUAAUAGAGCAUUGCGUAUUUAUAGAAUGUGUACAAAACUUGCACAACUAUUUGUUGAAUCUAUUGAUCCUGUUUUAAAAACAUUAGGUUAUUGUUGUGCUCAUCAAUACGUAUAUUUACCAAAAGUUAUUUUAUGUAAUGGAAAGCAAAAAUGUUGUGAAAUUCGACCUUAUAGUUCUUAUUAUUAUUAUAACAAUCCUGAUCCAUCACGAUUUAAUCUAUCGAGUGAUCAAUAUAAGUUUUGUACUGAUUGUUUUCAUUCAAGUAAAUGUGAAUCCAUAUUUGUCGGUGAUGAUCCAGCUCAAAAAUUAGUUGAAAUAUCAAAAAAAUUAUUUCUACGAACUGAAAAUAAUGUACAAGAACCUGAAAUAAUGAUUGAUUGUAUUGUUUGUACACGUCGUUGGCAUCAAGUAUGUGCAUUACAUUUAGAUCAAAUAUGGUGUGAAGGUUUCGUAUGUAAGACAUGUAUACGUCAAUAUAAUAUAAAACGUAAAGAAAAUUGUUAUAUAGCACAAACAAUAACAGUAACUGAUUUAUCAUCACAAUUAGAACAUCGUGUUAAUAAAUUUUUAUUUGAUAAAGAUUGUCAUCAAAGUCGUGUUACAAUUCGUGUAGUAGCUUCUAGUGAUAAAAUAAGUAAAAUAAAACCGCAAUUAAAAAAAUAUUAUCCAAAUCAAAUGGCAAAUGAUGGUUAUCCAUAUCGAACAAAAGCUAUAUUUGCUUUUCAAGAAAUUGAAGGUAUUGAUGUUGUUUUCUUUGGUAUGUAUGUACAAGAAUAUGAUGAACAUUGUCCUGCGCCAAAUACAAAUCGUGUUUAUAUAUCUUGUUUGGAUACAAUACAUUUUUUUCAACCGAAACUUUAUCGUCAAGAUGUUUAUCAUGAAAUUUUAAUUGGUUAUUUGAAUUAUGCCAAACAACAUGGCUAUAUCUAUGUUCAUAUGUGGGCUCGUCCAACAAGUGUAGUUGUUGAUUAUAUAUUUCAUUGUCAUCCAUUUGAACAACGUUUACCGAAUUCAAAACGCUUACACAGUUGGUGUAAAAAGCUGCUUGACAAAGCAAUUAUAGAACGUAUUGUUAUUGAUUAUAAGGAUAUCAUGCAAGAUUGUUUGGAUAAUCAAAUGCAAACAGUUCUUGAUAUUCCAUAUUUUGAUGGUGAUUUGUGGCCAACUAUAAUUGAAGAAACUAUUGAAAAAUUUAGUCAAGAAGAAGAUCGAAGAAGACAAGAAGUUGAAGCAGCACCAGUUAUAGAAGAUGACGACUUCAAUGAUUCUUUUGAACUAGAUGAUUCAACACAAAUUUCUAGUAAACGUAAAUUUGCAAAUAAAUAUGAAAAGAAAAAUUCGAAGAAAACAGGAAAACAACAAGAACUAGCAAAAUCUCAAGUGUCAAAUUCUACUGAUUUACUAUCUAUAAUAUUUUCAACUAUGGAAAAAAACAAAGAGGUAAAAUAA